AUGGCUGGUAUGGACUUGUCCUCUACGUUUGGUGUUAUUUACUGGGGAUUUCUUGUCGCUACUAUACUCUUCGGGAUAUCGGUCGUUCAAGGAUACUUCUUCUUUGUGCGCAGCAAUGAUUCAUGGAAGUUAAGAGCAUUUGUUGCACUGUUGCUGGUCUUAGACUUUUCUACUACGGCGCUUUCGUCGGAGAGUCUGCAUUAUUAUUUGAUAAUCAACUUCGGAAACCCAUUGGCACUCCUAUUUAUGACAAGACCCUAUGUCGCCGAAUACGUGAUUACUCUAGCUAUCAUAUUCUUGUCACAAAAUUUCUACGCUUGGCGGAUAUAUGCAGUCAACAGGAAGAUCUGGACGCCACUCUUGAUCGCUUUCCUUGCGACAUGCGCUCUCGCUGGCGGUAUUGCCCUUACGUUUGAACUAUUCGCUGUGGAUCUGCUGAUUGGAAACCUUCCGGAGAAGAGAGUGAUGGUGUGUUUGAGUAUUGCGACGUCCUUUGCUGCCGCUUGCGAUAUCGUGUCAACUGUGGCAAUGUGUUAUUAUCUUGCGUCUCACCGGUCGGCAUACAAGGAGACGAAUAAUCUUUUGCGGACGCUCCUUUUCUUCACUGUGAAUCGGGGUAUCCUCGCUGCGGUCGCGCAGAUUGGGCAUCUAGCCUUGUUCGUUGCUUUCCCGUCUAAAGCGUAUUGGAUGCCGUUCCAUCUAAGCGUAAGCAAGCUGCACGUAAACACACUAUUGGCUAUGCUUAAUUCACGAGCGACGUUGAGGGCUCGAUCGACCGCAACGAAACUUGAGAUUUCGACUGACUUCAUGUCCGCGGGGCAAGACUCCCCGGAUUCGCAAUAUACUCCGAGUCCCCGCACGCCUUGUUCAAAGAGGUACAGUGGGGGAACGGGAGGUCUGACUACGUUUGAGCUCGUUAAUUUGCCGAGGGAUCCAAGGAAACGACCAAGUCCACUGUUUUCGAACAUUCGGCGACCACCGCCUGGAAUUGAAGAGGAAGCUGAAGUGGAGAGUAAUGAGAUUGAAGAGAUAAAACCGACUGCGAUGCUGUAUACUGGUGGAUCGGAACCAAUCACGUUUGCUUGAUGACGGCUGUUGAAAAGCUCUGUGCAUCAUCUACUUGACUGCUAUAUUCUUCAUUUGGUCGUGUCAUAGAC